AUGAGCAGACCAACAAAUGUUCAUUACCAAUCUGGUCUCUACGGAGGAAACAACAAUAGCAGCUCUCCUCUCUCCAGCCGUGGAAAUUCUCCCAUUGUGUGUGAACGAUGUGGGGAGGUUUGUCGUGGAGAGGUGGUGCGUGUAAAAAACAUUCAUUUCCAUGUCCUCUGUUUCACCUGCCAAGUGUGCGGCUGUGAUUUGGUCCACUCGGGCUUCUUCCACCACUCUGGCGAGUACAUCUGCACAGAGGACUACCAGCGGCUGUACGGAACCCAGUGUGACAGCUGCGACCAGUACAUCACCGGGGAGGUGGUGUCUGCCCUGGGGAGGACAUAUCACCCGCAGUGUUUCGUCUGCAGCGUCUGCAGGAGUCCAUUCCCGAUCGGAGACAAAGUAACGUUCUGUGGGAAAAAGUGUGUGUGUCAGCAGUGUUCACGCUCUCUGAGCAGUGACAAGCCCGUCAAGGUCCACGGACCAAGCUACUGCGCGGGCUGUGGGGAAGAGAUCAAGCAGGGUCAGUCCCUGUUGGCUCUGGAGAGGCAGUGGCACGUCAGUUGCUUUAAAUGCCGGACAUGUGGCUGCGCGCUCACCGGGGAAUACAUCAGCAAAGACGGGGUACCGUACUGCGAGUCUGACUACCACAGUCAGUUUGGGAUCAGGUGUGAGGGCUGUAACAGGUACAUCAGCGGCAGAGUUCUGGAGGCGGGGGGGAAGCACUACCACCCCAGCUGUGCCAGGUGUGCCCGCUGUCGUAUGAUGUUCAUGGAGGGAGAGGAAAUGUACCUCACAGGCUCAGAGGUUUGGCACCCAAUGUGUAAAGAAGCAGCUCGGCUGGAAAGAAAACUGAGGCUGAGACGCACCUCUGAGACGGCGUCCAUUUCUCCCACAGGCUCGUCUCCUCUGCUGGGCUCCCCCCACCGGCUCAUCUGCUCUAAGGCUGACAGUGAUGUUUUGGACUAUAAACAGCUGGCAGCUCUGCCCAGGGUCAAAGCUAUAUACGACGUCCAGCGCCCUGACAUCAUCCCCUAUCAGGCUGACCACCCGCACUCCCAGCUCUCAGUCGACACUUUGGAGAGAUACAACUGUGGACAGUCGUUGGGAUCCUUAUCACCAUAUUCUCAUGAUCUAUUGGACAGCGUGGAACUGAGAACGAGGCGCUCCUCCAGCUCCGCCUUCACCGACUCCCCCACACACAGUCGCCACGGAGGGUCCCCGCUGCAUUAUUAUCUCCCCGGCAGCGAAAGUGGCAGGAGUUCACCCUAUUACAGUCAGCCAGAGCCCAGGUGUACCACACCCACCACCUCCACUUUCCAAGCCCCCAGGCAUUUCCAUGUGCCAGCUUCUGAGGACACAAACAUAUACAGGAAACCUCCCAUCUAUAAGAGACAAGAUAUACCAGCCUCGCCAACAGUGAAUAGGAGUAAGACCAAUGAGAAUCUCAUUCAUUCCAGUCGCAUUUCCACCGCUAAUUGUAACAACCUUUAUCACACGGACUCCAACUACUAUCCUUAUAGUGGCUCUCCUAAAGUCUCCAGGGUUAGGAGGUUCUCAACUGGAGGAGAGGAGGAUGGAUGGAAUCACAACAUAAACAGGGGGAUUGGCAGAAUGAUCCUGAAGGAAGAGAUGAAGGCCCGAUUAGGGUGUCACGAUAAUGACCAGUGGGGGAACAGACGCACUUCUCAGUGUAACAGCAAAGAAGCGCUCAACAAUCUGGAAUAUAGCUCCCUCAAUGGCUCUCCCAGGUCCUGCUGCAGUGCAGACAGCGCUCUGGCAGUAGGACCCGGGGGAGAGGGGGGGGCUGGGGGGGGUAAAGAGCGAACCGCCACCGAGCUGGAGCUGUUAGCCGCCGCCGUGACGGGCAGCCUUAGAAAAAGACGUCAACGGCUGGAGUGGAGGGGGGGAGGCAUGGAGUCCAGACGCCAGAGCGUGGCGAUGGAGCGACUUGUGAAUGAGCUCGGCUGCCUCCUGAAGAUGCUGGACCAUGAGACGGUCAGCCCUGCAACGGCUGACAAGAUGGCCUCCGUCCGUAACAUCAUGGACACCCUGCAGAUGUCAGUCAAUGGAUCAGACGUCUACAUGAACAGUUGUCUGUAUGGAAACGGAACUAGCUUUGUAGAGUCCCUGUUUGAGGAUUUUGACUGCGAUUUGCACAUGCUCAGUGCAUCUCCAGAGGAGCAGAAAGAGCAGAAAGAUGAAGCAGAAAAGACUCUUCCUGAUAAAUCUACACCAACCGACACGCCUCCUCCCCUCCCAGCUACGCCCCUACCCGAUGACUACUAUGAAGAGGCAGUUCCUCUGGAUCCUGGAUCCACCCCACAGUACUUCACCACCAAUAUGAACCCCUCUAGGAACUCAGUGGAAGAUGCUUACUAUGAAGAUGCUGACAAUAACUACCCCAUCACGAGGAUUAAUGGCCCUCCCAAGAGCUCCUACAAUGACUCGGAUGCAUUGAGCAGCUCCUACGAGUCCUACGAAGAAGAGGAAGAGGAGGCCAAGGGGCAGGACGCAUCUCAGACGUGGGCCUCAGUGGAAAGUCCAGAUGGACCGGUCAGAGACUGCCGCAUCUGUGCCUUCCUGCUGCGGAAAAAACGCUUUGGCCAGUGGGCCAAACAGCUAGUAGUUGUCAGGGACAACAAACUCCAGUGUUACAAGAGCAUCAAGGAGACCACCCCCCACACAGAGCUCCCGCUGAAUCUUUGCAAUGUCAUCUAUGUGCCAAAGGAAGGCCGCAAAAAGAGACACGAGUUGCGCUUCUCGCUGCCUGGGGGCGAAGCGCUGGUCCUGGCAGUUCAGAGUAAAGAACAGGCACAGCGAUGGCUCAAGGUGGUCCAUGAUGUUGGCAGCCAAUUUAACAACUCGGAGGGACUGAAUGGAUCCACUUCUCCCAUCAUACAGAGGAAGCUGGAGCUCGACAAGAUGCUGCAGUCUGACAGGCAGGCAUCGGACUCGGACAGUGGGCCGACAGCAGACAAUCAGUCCACCGGGCAUGGGCCGGGCCGGGACACUACAGACUCUCUUAGCAGGGGGAAGCGUGGCGCAUUCUCAGAGCUUACAGGAUCAAUGAGCCGAGCCGCAGGGAAGAAAAUCAAUCGAAUAAUCACCUUCUCCAAAAAGAAGCCCCCUUUGCCAGGAGACCUUCCCUUGUCUUCUGGCCACCAUGACAACCCCCGCUGUGGCUAUCUCAGCGUGUCUCUGAGUGGCUCUUGGAAGGAGCGGUGGUGCGUGCUUAAAGGUGGAAGCCUGUACCUGCAAAAGGACCCUGGGGACCAGCGGCCCCCGGUCAUUGUGGUGCCACUGAAGGGGGCAGAGGUCGUGCCGGGGGGGCUUGGACCUAAACAUCCUUUCUCCUUCCGCAUCCUGCAAGGGAGCAAUGAACUUGCAGCAUUGGAGGCCGGCUGCUCUGAGGAUCUGGGCCGCUGGUUGGGUGUCUUGUUUGCAGAGACUGGCAGCGCCACGCUCCCCGAAGAGCUGCACUACGACUACAUUGACGUAGACACACUCACCGACAUACGACACGCCGCCAGACACUCCUUCUUGUGGGCUACGUCCACCGCUGCCUCCACCAGCAGUGCGUCAGUAGACUGCAUAACGUAUGACGAGGUCUAUGAAAGCAUUGCGGAUGAAGAUGUGGAGAGCAAAGCAGGUCAGGUGAGACGUCAUGCGUCCUUCUCCAGCCGGGACUCGGAAAAAACCGAACAACAGGCUGCCAUUAAAAGACACGCCUCCAAUGUUAAUCAGUAUGGGCGAUAUGGGAAGAUGAGAGCAGAGGAGGACGCCAGGCGGUACCUGAUACAGAAAGAGGAGCUGGAGAAGCAAAAAGAGCAACUCAGAAAUGAGCUGAUCUCCCUCCGCAUGGAGAAGAAGGAAGUGAAGGAGGAGAUUAAGAGUGGAACGGGUUCAGGUCAGGGCGGGGAGAAGCGGCUGGCUGAGCUGGAGUCCUUGUGCAAGCAGAAGGAGGAAGAGAGGGUGGAGCUGGAGCUCCGACUGACAGAGGUCAAAGAAAACCUGAAAAAAUCACUGGCCAGAGGAGCGUUAGAUCCUCCCGCGGACACAAAGAUCAAUGUGAAGGCACCAGCAAGUAAGGCUGAGAAGGUUUACAAUGAGGCCAUCCCGGUCAACUCAGCAUCAGAGCUUCGCAAAAGACCUCCGUCUGUUUACGCCUCUUCCAAGGGGAAUGUCAUGCAGAAAGCAAAGGAGUGGGAAUCAAAGAAGGGGACCUAGACUGAACAGAAAAUGAUCCACCGAUGGAUUCAUGGAAAGUAUGACCUUGACGUAGGAGAACCAUCCUGCUGUCGGCAGGAUGAUGUGAAAAGCAGAAUGCAGGAAGAGACGGUUAUCUAGCACUAAGGAGAAGAAGACGAGAAGGAGGAUUCGGUCAGAGUAAAUUCUUCCAUCCUCACAUAUAUGGAAAAGCACAGACAGCUUGAUGCUGCCUCAACCACUGUAAAUAUGACAGAAUUGACUGAUAUACCGACUGAGUAUUAAUGGGAUCACUAUGAACAGUACAUAUAUACAGAAUCUCCAUGUGUGGUUGCAUGUGUGUUUACAUUGGCACCAGGUUGCAAAAAGUGAAUAAAUAAGUAUUGCGUAGACGUGCAUAGCAAAGGGAGAGUUUGGUAAACAACACUGUGAGUUCAGAGUUACCAGCAAUACUUCCUGCCUAAACCCACUGGUUUUUAUUGGUUUUUAAUGCACACGACUCACAUAACAAUUGAAAAACAAGUGAAAAGUUGUUUCUGUCAUCUGAAAUUCUAGUUAUUAGAGAGAAAAAGCACCUAAUAUGUCGUAUUUAUAUCUAAAAGAAGAAAAGUGUGACACUGUUCCUGCAAAUAAAUAAAUGUUUAUGGUCGCAAUGUGAAGAAAAAAAAACAGUUUUAAACCAUAACAUGGGUAUCUUUUUCAAAUAUGACUCUUGCACUUUAUCUUGUGUUUUUGUAUUUUAGAAUUCUAUAAAUGUUUUUGGAUAUUAUCAUUCAUGCCCCAAUGCAGCCAAAUCUUUAAAAAAAGAAAAAAAGAAUGCCUUUCUCAGCGCACUGUUGUGAAUAAAGACGCAUAUGUUGGAGUAAAUGAGUACUGAAAAGAA